UAGUGUAAACUUGAUAAAAUUUAGAUGUACUCAGAAACAACUAUAAUAAUUUAUGGAGUAUUUCGAAGCAUAAUAUACUGACGGAAGUUAUUAUUAAAACUUGUAUUUGAUAGAAAAUCCUGUUGCCUUCAACUGUUAUGGAUAUGGUGAUCACGAAUUUACAACAGCAACGUCAAAUCACGGAACAAUUGCGUCGUGAAGCUGCAUUAAAUCGAAUUAUGGUUAGCAAAGCUGUGGAGGAUAUCAUGAAGUAUAUUACAGAGCACGAACAAGAAGAUUGUCUUUUGGUUGGUUUUUCAUCACAAAAAUCUAAUCCCUUUCGUGAAAAAAGUGCCUGUACCAUUCUUUAA